AACAUUCUCGACGCCAGCGCUAUCCAAACACUUACCCCACUUUACGGCUAGUAUUCGCUCCUAAGAUGCUAGAUGACGAUGAUGUCUAUAUUGGCACGUACCUGUUCUGUCGUGCCCAUGGCUGUGAAUUUUGCAACGAGUGCUGCAUCGACCAUCGAUUCACCAACAAUUUGCGAAUGAUGGACAAGCUACAUGCAGCCUUUCCUACUUUCACAGAGACCGAUUUCAUGAACCGUCCUCCAAUCUCUUAUAUCUUGGACAAGGCAGUUGAAACAAAAUCAAGCCGACCCAAAGAGCGGGUAUACGAAUGCAGAGAACAUAACAAGACUGACUGUUCGAUUUGCUUCGACUGGGCGAAGUUAACAAUAGACAACAUGAAACGUCAAAACAAGCUGAAGAACUCGAAGGCUAUCGCAGUCGACAUUACGAGGCAAGAAAAAAUGAAGUUCCUCCACAGCAUGGGCAUCGAACUUUUGCCUUCCACCCGCCUGCCUGAUGAUGCAAUAGAAAGAAAGUUUCGCGGUGCCAUAGACGCUUCUCAAUCAUUUUCAAAGCUGAUCCAGAAACCUCCUUUCAACCCCUCGUCUUUCUCACUUUGGUCUAAGAAGAAUGCUUCGAAGAGCCUGCUCGAUUCGGUCAAACGCGGAAAUAUGAUGGAAGCUUUCGCAAAUGCACAGGCUCGAAGUCAAGGGAAAGAGAAUGCCUGGGAUAUGUACGAGAACGUCUUUGUCGAUAUUCGUCAGACGAUUAUGUCGUUAGCCAGCGGCUUCGAUAACGGGGUCCUCUCAGCGAUUGCACAGGACAAGGACUACAGCUACGCGAUUUGCAUACGGGUUGUUGAAGUCCGACAACUCGAUAACGGAGUGCCCGCUAUAGUUGUUCUCUACUGUCGCGGAACCAGGGACACACCUGCUAACGACACAAUUCCCUGGGUUCAAGAAGUAUUAUCGAAAUCAGCAUCGAAGACAGUACCUCUACUUCAAAUUGUCGCGAGCUUGGAAGAACAGAAACUUCUCCUUGCCAUUCUCAACAUGAACGCCCGGAGGCUUUCUGAUCAAUUUUCACCUAAACGGUCUAGAAGCGAAGGUCCUUUUGGGCUGUCGUUCCUUCUGCCUCUCGCGCCACUUGGACAGCAAGAUGUGGGAGCCCUGACGAACCAUACAGGCUGUACAGUAUGCGGAAAGAAGACAACAAGUAGAUGCUCGCAGUGUCUUUCUGCCGAAUAUUGCGGGACAGAAUGUCAAAAAUUGCACUGGAAGGAACAUAAAUCUAUGUGUAAUUCCCUCAAAGGCGGAGAGUGGAUCACUAUAACCUUCAGCAUGCUGCCGCUAGAGACCAGACUCGCCGCCAAAAAAGGAGAAAAGCUGUAUUUCACCUUGUUCAACAAGUCUUCUGGGCUCUCAGCCGAUGCUAACCGGAAAGUGUACGAUACUGAUAACCCACCACCUAUACCAUCCAAUAUUCACGGAGACAACUCGUUCCUUGUAAAGCUGCAGAAGGGGAUGUCUGUGAUAAUAUAUGACCGCACGAGAAGCCUGCAAGCAUACUUGUGCUCCGAUGUAGAUCCCAAAGGGUACGAAAAGGCGAUGGCGCAAAUGAAUACUGGGCCGAGAGGGAUCAAGGUUUAUAGGUGGGCAAAGAGGACAGGGGAGUCGCAGCUGAGCGUGUGUAUCAACAAGGCUCCUCUGAUAGAUCCUCAGUGGUAAAUUUGGAUGUUGUUCACACAGGUUUAUGGUUUAUCCUAUUUUCUCGCCUUUUCUGGCCUUCCAGAUGUAGCACCUUUCCGUUAUGUUGUUUCCUUUCGACAGUGCAGAUUUCCUUCUCAUUGUGCUUCUAGUCCCUGUUUCCUUUGUAGCUUAUGUGUACCAUUCCAUUAAGUUUAACUCUCCAGAAUGUUUUCCCCUCUGGCGCUUCGUGCGAUUACAUAA